UAACUACUAGAUAAAUAGUUGAGUAUUGAGUUUUUCUUGGUCAGUAUUCCAGUGUGACUUGUUUUGGUGUGUCUCGUUGCCAUUUUUAUAGCGUAUAACAAAACCAAAUAACUUACAAACAUGGGUGUCAAACUGUACGCUUUGGACUUGAGUCCGCCUGUGCGUGCGUGCAUGAUGGCCUGUGGUAUAUUCAACGUACCAUUCGAGAAGAUAAUCGUCAACGUAAAGGCUGGUGAAAAUCUUACUCCAGAAUUCUUAAAAAAAAAUCCUCUCCAUACAAUACCAGUACUAGAAGAUGGCGACUUAAUUAUACAUGACAGCCAUGCAAUUCUGACGUACUUAGCUGACACCUACGGAAAAGAUGACUCUUGGUAUCCAAAAGACGUCAAAAAAAGAACAUUAGUUAACCAAAAACUAUUCUUCAAUGCAGCUGUUCUGUUCCAAAAAUUACGAAACAUCACCUACAAUGUCAUAUUGAAAGGAAAGAAGACCAUAGAACAAGAAUUGUUAGAUGGUGUUGCAGAAGGCUAUGAGUUUACGGAAGCAUUCUUGUCUCGCACAAAAUACAUCGCUGGAGACCGCGUCACAAUUGCUGAUUUAGCAAUUUUGAGCACUGUGUCCACUCUAGAACACAUUCUACCAAUAAACGCCCAAAAAUAUCCAAAAUUGAAAGCCUGGUUGGAAGAAUUAAAAGCGACGCCAUAUUGUAAGAAAUAUAACGAAGAAGGUGCAAAUGCUUUGGGCGCAUUUAUCAAGGAGAGUGUCUCUUCCUGAAUCGUACUAGAAAAAUACCUGACUGUUACAUUUUGAUAAAACAACUUAAAUCAAC